AUGGUCGCAGACACUACCUACUACGAUGCCCUUGGCGUGCCACCCACGGCCACAGAACUCGAAAUUAAGAAGGCCUAUCGGAAACUGGCCAUCGUGACCCAUCCUGAUAAGAAUCCUGGCGAUGAGACUGCGCAUGCGAGAUUCCAGGCGAUUGGAGAAGCCUACCAAGUUCUCAGCAAUGAGGAGCUACGAAAACGUUAUGAUAAAUAUGGAAAGGAAGAUGCAGUUCCGGGCGGCGGUUUCG